AUGGUUAGCACAACUAGCCAUUUCAAGCAAAUUACCUGUCCCAGUCAGGUAAAUAAUAUAAAAGAUGCAAAAAAAAAAAAAAAAAAAAAAAAUCAAAAUUUGGUAGAAAUCAAAAGUACUAAUUUGAAAUACACAAAUGAGACGAAAAGGAAAAAACUACAAAACCAAAUUUCAAAUAAGCAAAUUAAUGAAAAAGAACGAAAUGAUGAAAAAAAAAAAUUCUUAAACAAAAAGAUAAAUGAAAAACGUUUUACUAAUAAUGACAUAUAUAAGUCUAUAUUGAAUUAUAGAAACGAAUACAUUCCUACAAAACAAAAGAAAAAAUAUAGUUAUAAACAAAGUUUCCCUGAAGGGAAGAAAAGAAAUAACAACAUAACUAAUUAUCAUACAAAAAAAUAUAUCAAUCACAAAAUUUAUGAAAAAAAAAAAAUUAACACAACUACGAGUAUCAAUUCACAUAAAAUAAAUAAUACAAAUUAUAAAAUCCAAGAAAACAAAUGUAUCCUAAAAAAAUUAAAUGGAGAAAUAAAAGAAUUAAAUAUUAAUAAUAUACACGAGAUACUUCCUAAUUAUAUACCAUAUCAGCGAAGUAUUCAACAUAAAUAUAAUUUUAUCAAAAAUAAAAACGCUUGUUCUUAUUCAUAUGCAAGCUCAAAAACAAUACAUGAACGAAAAUGUUCGAAAUUGGGUUUUAUAGAAAAAUGUACAAAAGUAUUCAAAAUGAACAAAGAUGAAAAUAAAAUGCAUCCUGACACGAAUGUUUGUCAAAAAAUAAAACUUCCUAUUAAUAAAAAUUUAAAUGAUAAACAAGCAUUUGAGGGGGAAGCACAAUUGUGUGGUUUUGAAAAGGAUCUAACAAAAAUGGAAACUGUUCAGGGAAAAAACCUUUUUUUAUAUCAAUCAUCAGAUGUUAAACAUUAUAAAAGUUCCAUUUUUCCAAAUAUCCAUUCAGUUAAAAAAAAUGGAACACCCAUAAUUUUAAAACAUUCAAGAAAUAUGAUUUUAAGCAAAACGAAAAAUUUAAAAUUUAAGCAGAUGUCAAACAUACCAAUAGUAGAAGAAACACGAAAAAAAGAAAAAAUAUAUCCAAGAAAUAAUAAUAUCAAUAGCACAACUAUAAAAAUUCCCGAUAAGAAAAAUAAAGAAUAUGAUGAUAAACAAGAGCAAAAUAUAUUUGAACAAAAUAUGAACAACAAACAAUCCAAUAAUUUCUUAGAAAUAUCUUCAUUUGAUGAAAAAAAUUCAACCAUAAAAUUAGAAAAGCAAAACCAUAAAAAUAAAUGUAGUGAAAAAGAUACGUACGUAAAAAAAAAAAUGAACUAUAAAGUUAUAUACCAAAGUGAUGAUUUUGUAUGUAUGUAUAAAAGUGAUGAGGACAAAAACAAGAAAGCUAAAAAAGAAUGUAUAGAUGCAUCUAGUUUAUUAUGUACACCUGGAUAUGUUGGGAAGUAUUUAUAUGAAUCUAAUUCUUCCAUUAAUUAUUCUCCAAAUCGUGAUAAAAAUAUGAAUACUAUUAAUAAUAAUAAUAAUUUCAAAAAAUUAGAUGAAAAAUCAAACAUAAUUGAAAAUUCUGAAACACAUGACUACACUGAAAAAAAUAAUAUUAACAUACAUAAAUAUGAUGAUAUUCUUUAUUAUAUGAAUAAAGCUAUAUGCAACUCUCCAACAUACAAUAUAGAUGUACAGUACAUGAAUAUUCUUAAUGAACAACUAUACAAGGUCAAAAAUUGA